UCGUCGCGGCUUAGUUAAAGUUAAACCGCUAAAAAAACAGUCGAGUCGAGUUACGCAUCGUUUUCCCUUUUUUUCUUCUCUCUUUUUCUCUCUCUCUUAUUCUCUCGCGCGCGUUGCGUCCAGUAAACGUAGAUUGCUCAGGUCAUAAUAGCGGUAUCGCUCUUUCGUAGGCGAGUUUAAACACGAUAGGGCCACGACAGGUGAGAUUCCUUGUGCUUUUCGCGUCCGAUAAGACUAUGGAAUGCCGAAGACAAAUGUGACAAAUGUGUUUAAUCGAAUAAGCCUUGGUCGACUCAUUCACGAAUAAACACACGAUCAGGAGUGCAGCUUCAAAAGUAUCGAAUGCUUUGAAAAAGGCGGGGGACGAAUUCAGUUGUCGGACGCAGCGAGGAUCGAUUACCUGAUUUUGAAAACACCACGUUCAAAGGCAAGAAGAACUUGGAAGCUAUUCUUGACGUCGUAUUUUGCCUGAUACAAUUUGCCGAUAAAUGUGAAAGUUUUCGACAGAACAGUCGCGGAUCCCAUAUUUAUUUAAUUCGUUUAAAAAUAGACACGUGAAGCGCGUGUGCACAAAUAUAUUAGUGUUCUUUGACGCGAAGUGAAUUCUACGCCAGCGAGUAACGUGAAUCCUUUCUGAAUGCCAGCGGGCGGUGGAUGUUUCUGAUUACGUUAUUAUAUUGAGAUAUUUGUGUUCUUCUUUCCGAGAUCCAUGCGAAUUCUUUGAAAAGGUGUUUUCAUCCAGAAAUAUAUUUCAUUUGUCUUUUCCGACAACGAGACAACGAGAACGCUUCUUUCCCGCUGGUCACUUUAUCAUUCACGAUCGAUGCUGUGCAGUGCACCAGGCAGAGUUUGCAAAUAUAAAAAAAAUCAGGAACGUGCAUUAUAGUUGGUCGGAAAGAGAGAGAAAGAAAGAGAGAAAGAGGGAGAGGAAGAAAGAGAGAAAGAAAGGAGAGGGACGAAGUAGGGAUCAGUAGUCGCAGGGGGAGCGUUUCGAGUGGCCCAUUUCUCUUAUCACGAUAAAGCCUGGGCUUGGCUUGGCGCGAUCAUCGCGGAACCUGACGCCUAACGCUCGGGGUGAUUCACUUUUGCGAUUCGUCGCGAUCGUUCUCCAGUCGCAGAUCCGUCAUCGCGAUGAAUGCAUCUAUGACAGCCGCGAGCUCGCUGUCACCGCCGUCGUCGUCUUGCUGUGACCGUCAUCGACAUGGAUGAUCCGAGAUCGACCAACAGCGGGGCCAGGAUGGACGUGGAACUGGUGACCCGAGCGUCGCUGAGUUCGCUGCAGAAGGUGGACGAUGGCCGCAUUGUCUCUCCCAAUAGCUUUGAUGAAUGGACAUGGUCCGGUCUGAGGAAACAAUUCAAAUACAAGAACCUAGAAAAGCUGUACACGGUCUAUCACAGGAGAAUACAAUAUGGUUAUCUUUCGAUAUUCAUCUUACUACACCUAUUACUUGGAUUUACGUAUUGCUUGUCCUUGAUCAAAAAUGUUGGCAUAAAGAAAUGCUUGGUAGACAUCGUAACCUACUGCAUCGUGGGCGCUCUGCUGUGUCCUGUGAUCGCCCUAUCAUUCCGGUCGAGGCAUAUGGCUAAGAACACCUAUUUGCCGGUCAUGCUGUCCUGGAUGAUCAUUGUGCUCUUGGUCAUUUGUGAUCUGACCAUACCUCUGUAUUACGCCUUCGAGGAUGUUAUUCCGCCAAUAAGACCGGCGUACGCAACGCACUCGCUUCUCGCAUGCUACGUGUUCCUGCCGAUCACGAAGAAUUCGCACGCCCUCGUGCUCGGCCUUACGGCCAGCAUGUGUUACCUGGCGACCCUGUCAAUAAUCACCUACAAUAACACGGGCGAUUACGUUACCAAGAUGGUCAGCGACGCGAUAUAUUUCGUGUGCGUGAACGCUCUGGGACUCUACUUCAGGUUCAUGAACGAGGUCGUUAUCAGGCGCUCCUUCCUGGAUCGCCGGAAGUGCGUCGAGUCGACGCUCAGGCUCAACUAUGAGAAGGAUCAAGAAGAGCAAUUGACGCGGAGUAUACUGCCGCAACAUAUAGUAGCGAAAAUCAAAAAGGAUUUCCGGGAUAUCUUCAAAUUCGUGGAGGAGCACAAGAAGAGUCCUCCGCCGAAAGGCAGCGAUUUAUGCGUGGAGACGCACGACAAUGUCAGCAUCCUGUACGCGGAUGUGGUAAACUUCUCCGGGUUGACUGUAACGCUGCCGAUACGAAAACUCGUGGAAACGUUGAACGAUCUGUUCGGCAGUUUCGACGAAGCGUCUGAAAGGCACAAUGUGCUGAGAAUCAAAUUUUUGGGCGACUGUUACUACUGCGUGAGUGGCGUGCCCACGCCGAAUUCCCAACACGCCAAGAGCUGCGUCGAUCUCGGACUUGAUAUGAUAAAAAUCAUCAACGAGGUGAGGGCGCGAGUCUACCGUGAGAGCGGGGUGGACGUGAACAUGAGGAUCGGCGUGCACUCGGGCAACAUAAUAUCUGGAAUCCUGGGCACCAACAAGUGGCAAUACGACGUUUGGUCGCGCGACGUGGUGAUAGCGAAUAAAAUGGAGCAGACCGGGAAGCCCGGCAAAGUCCACGUCACUCAGCAGACGCUGGAUCUCGUGAAUGCGAGUGACUACAACUACAUCCCGGUCGAAAGAUUGGACGACGAGGUUUUACGAAAAUAUGGAAUACGCAGCUAUCUCAUCACGCCGUCCUUGCCGGAAACGCCAUUACCGUCGCCGACGCGCGAGAACAGUUUGAAGGCCAUUAGUCCGGAUUCGCCGAUAUUGUCAUAUCCCAUGUCUAACAAGCACUACGUCAAGUUCAAUGGACGUACCAAUACCAUCAUCAGCACCAGUUCCAGAACGAGGAUGAUGGUGAACAAUCAAGCGGACGUUUUCGCGAGCACUUACAGACGAAGAACGCACUUCAUGGAUUCUUGUCUACGGGAUUAUCAUCUAAUGUUGAAAGCAGCGGACGCCGAGAUGGAGAACGCCAUUAAUCAGAUGCCUCUCAGCAAAUGGCAACAAUGGAGCAAUUGGAAGCACAUAAAUCCACUCCUCUUAACAUUUCGGAAAUGGAGCUGGGAGAUUCCAUAUCUACGCGAACCGGAUCCCGUCUUUAAGUUUUACAUCGGCUGCUCUGCCUUUGUGCUCGUCUUCAUGGGACUUAUGUACCUCGUGCCCACGUUUAUGCUCUCUAAAUGGCAUCUGAACACACUUGUCGGUUAUUCGUCGGCAUUGAUGUUCCUGAUCGCUUUAAUACCCCUCACGUGGAUGCACUUUGUGUGGAAUCGCUGCAAGGACCCACACGACGAGCACGAAGGACACGUUCCACAUCCACGGAACAAACUGCUGUACUUUUUUUAUCAAACGAGCGUAAAGGUUGUAUGGAGCGCCCUUCUGAGGACGGUCUUGUACCUGGUGAUCACGAUAAUGCUUGCAGCAUGCGCCAUGCUUGAUAUGAUUUUUGAAUGUGAAAAUGUGAACCUAUUGGACAAUAACAUAACGUCCAGCGUGUUGGAGGUUGGCGCCUCCAAAUUUGAAUGCACAUCUACACCUUGGCAAAUGACAGAGACCUGCUCGUUGGCGAUCAUCACAAGUUUCCUCUUCCUAAGGGUCCACUACGUCUUGAAAUUAGUGAUAAGCAUCUGCGUGGUAGCCUUUUACGCGUGGAACGUUUGGGUGCACCGAUCUAAUAUAUUUCAGUCGAGCGACGCGUGGAAUCCUCACAUGGAACCGAGACUGGCGCAUAUAUUGACAGUGUUGUUUCUCACGUUCUCCUUGCAUCUCAUCGAUCGUCAGGCAGAAUACUUGAGCAGGCUGGAUUAUCAAUGGAAACGUCAGCUAACGAAGGAACAGGAUGAAGCGUUUCAUACGAGGAAUGCCAACAAGCUUUUACUUCGUAAUAUUCUGCCGGAACACGUCGCGGAGUUUUAUUUGAACAUGAACCGAACCGAGGAGAACGAGCCUUAUCACGAGGCUCACAACAACGUCGCCGUGAUGUUUGCCUCUCUGACAGAACUGUCGAUCGUCGAGAGUAACAUCCUUAGUGAUUUGAACGAGAUCAUUUGUGAAUUCGACAAGUUACUCUUCGAUCCUUGCUUCAUGUGUCGCAUAGAGAAGAUAAAGGUCGCCGGUACAACAUAUAUGGCGGCUUGCGGACUGGAAGCGAAUCGACGCGAUUCAAUGCACAGCACUGAAAGCGACGAGAGUUGCAGCGACAAUGUGGUCAAGGUGAUGGUGCAAUUUGCCGUACAAAUGAUGUCCGUGCUCGAUAGAAUGAACGCGAGGUCGUUCACCACGUCGAAACCUCACAAAUUAAGGAUCGGCAUUUCUCAUGGGGAGGUGACGGCUGGCGUCGUGGGGGCUCAAAAGCCGUUGUACGAUAUUUGGGGCGACCCCGUAAACAUGGCAUCCAGAAUGGACACCACUGGACUACCAGGAAAAAUACAGGUAACAGCGGAUACGGCUGCCAUCUUGGAACAGCAAGGUGUCAAGUGUCAUCUACGCGGUGAGACGUAUGUCAAGCCGAAAGGAGAGGUCACAACGUACUUUAUAGGCAUCGACGAGAAGGGAAUGUUAGAAAGACCGGAUGCGGGAGAAGAAAGUACUAGUUUAUGACAAACGAUGGAACGAUAACUCGAACUAACUUGAGCGAUCGAGCUCUCCCGAUUGAAAAAUCGUUUAAAGCGUGCAGGGUGUAGUCGAACGGUUACUUUCUGCUAUCAAGCUGACUUCUAAGUAACUAGGAACGAUAAAAAAUUACGAUUGAAAAUGUGAGAAGACCUUUUUAUUCUGAGAUACAGGUCUGUCUAUAUCCAAUCGAAUUUAAUAUACAGAGUAUUAAUCAGAUUUAGGAAAAAAUCACUUAUUAUCGAUGAGAUUAAUCAAACUUGUAACACGUAAUUUCACGCAAUAUUUAUACAAAAAAUUUAUUUAUGAUCUAUAAUGUCGUAUACAUAUAAUAUAUUAAUAUUUACAGUGUAAAUAAAGACAAUGGACAAAGCUGAAGAUAUAUUGUGGGAAUAUAAGAAGCUAUUUACGUUAGCUACACCCUGUAAUGUUUGAGCAAGUACGAGAAAACGGAAAACCAAAGAAAGUGUGAGAGAGAGACCAAAGAAUGUGGGAUGACGCGAGAUGACGCGAAAUGACAGUAAUGACGUAAGGAGAUAUACCUCAAAUGAUUUAGGUUGUACGCGAAAACGCGAGAACAGCGUCGUUAUUCUCGCGGACCGAUUGUUAUCGCCGAGUAACACUUGUAAUCAAAAUGAAAGAGACUAUAUAUAUAUGAUGUACUGUACGCAAUUAAAAUUACAAUGUUUUUACUAGAGUGUCAUGUUGUUCGAAAGAUAUGCACAAAGAGAGAUAUAUAUAGAUAACAUCUAGCUACUUUACGUGAUACAUCAUAAUUAAUCGACAUUAUUGACUCGAUUUUCACGUAGCAUGCGAUUUUAAGAUAUUCCGAUUUGCUCAGACCGUCAAAAAGAAAAUAUUUUAAGAUAUCUGAUGACCGUCUAACAACUAUAAGGACGUAGCUAAUUAAGAACAAUGUUUCCGAUACUUACAUCUCCAUAUAGAAAUCCAAAGGCAUUAUACAAUAUUAAAGUGUAAAGUGUAAAAUGGCGCGAAGAGAGAGUUUGUCCCGAUAAAAUAUUAAAAAGACAAAAAGUAUUAUAACUUUAAGAAAUAUUCUAAGAACAUCCGCGUGUAUCCUAAGGAUAUCUCAUACGUGUAGUCGUUAACGACUGGAUAAUUAAUCUUAUCGCAGAUACAAUUAAAUUAUGGAUCAAAUCUAAACGUCCGAAGAUAUUCUUGGGAUUAUAUUUUGCUAUGCGAAAAGAGUGAUAUUGGAAAAUCGUGCUCGUUGUGUUUGUUCAUACCUAUUCGGUCAAAAGCAGUAUGGUACAAUCGAAAAGCAGGAUGUAAUUUAAUAUUUGUCUCUUUAACACGUAUCUACCGACCAAAUAGACGACAACACGUCGCAACAAAAAAUUGUACGGCGAAAAGAGAGUUCUUAUUCGCUUUCACGAUUAAGGCGGGCGAGAGAAUUUACGACGAGCUUGAAGUCGAUUCAAGAAUACUAGUUGUCAAUUCGUGAGCGUGCAUCACAAAACUAACAAUAACGCACGUCUGUCUUUUUCUUGCGUUUGCGUAUUUUCCUAAGUGUUGCGACUCAUUCCUUUACGAUUGCGGUUGCGUGUCAUAAGAUACAAAGAUUACGAGAAGGAAACGCGUGAUGACACAUUUAUUUUUAUAUCGUAUGCAGUAACGGCAGAUCGUUUAAUUGUUUAUUUGUAAAUAUCUUUUGUAUAUAUUUUUUAAAUAUUAGAAAUAAUCGAGACUAAUGUGAUUGUCCAACGAUUUGAAAUAAAAUAUUUAUUACCGUGUAU